AUGCUCGGCUUCUCCCUCUCCCGCCUCGCCGACCUCGACUACGACGGCUACUUCAAACGCAACUUCGCCCUCGUCCCCGGGUACUGGUACUACUUCCACAGCGGCUCCUACCGCUACGGCAUGCUGAUCCACCUCGCCGCCAUCCUGCCUGCCGGCAUCCUCAUGACCUUCCAAUUCACCCCCAUCAUCCGCCACAAAUGGAUGCUGUUCCACCGGCUCAACGGCUACGUCGUCUUGCUUCUAUGCUUGAUCAGCAACGCUUCCGCUUUUGUUGUAAUUAGGCACAAGCAGGGCGGCAAUCGGAUCAACAGCCAUGCGGUCGAGACGCUCAUGGGCAUUCUAACGACAAUCGGGAUUUUCAUGGGGUGGUGGAAUAUUCGCCGCAAGCAGAUUGAGCAGCAUCGCGCGUGGAUGCUGCGCACCAUGUUUUACAUGGCUGUGACGAUUACGGCGCGCGUAAUUAAUUUUGCGGCGAGGGAUGUCAUUACAAAGUUUGGGAAUUACUGGGCCGUAUGGACGUGCGAUGAGAUUAACUUUCUGUACUUGAAUCUGGGAAUGCAGUUUCCGAGGGAGACGUACCCGGAGUGCAUCUUGUCGGAUGGGUCGCUGGAUCGGUGGAAGAGGGUUGCGGUUGCGGCUUGGAAGGAUCCAGUGCAUUUGGAGCGGUUUGGGGCGAGUUCUGUGGCGCCGUUUAGUACGAUGCUGUGGAUUUGCCUGUUUCUUCACAUGAUCGGCGUGGAGCUAUAUCUACGAAUGACACCUAGAGAAACUGAGAGGCUUCGUCAGAUCAGUUACGAGAAGCAGGUCGAGGCUGGGUAUAAGAACCCUGGUAGUGCCGGACUGGUUUUGGAUCCAUGGAUUGACGGAGAAAAGUGGACUCCUAAGAGGUAA